AUUCGCGCACUUGAUUCACGAAUCAGUAAGCGUCGGACACCAGAAUCGCCAGCAUGGUGGCGGCAACUACCUCCCGUGCGAGCGUCCACGCCGUGGCGAAGGCGGGCUUUGUCAAUGGCAGCUUGUACGAAAAAGCGCGGCCGGACUUUCCUCCAGAAGCACUUGCCCACUUGAUCUCGCCGAUGUUGUCGCGGACGAGCCGAGUGCUCGAGGUCGGAAGCGGGACGGGCAAGUUUACGUCGAUUCUCGCUAAGCACUUUGACUCGCUGGUGGCUGUGGAGCCGUCGGAAAGCAUGCGUGCUGAGUUCAAGACACGCCACCCGACGAUUCCAUGUGUGGACGGAACCGCCGAACACCUGCCGUUCGCUGCCGAGUCGCAAGACGCAAUCUACCUCGCCCAGACCUUUCACUGGUGCGCCAACACUGCCGCCCUCGAGGACAUGGCCCGUGUCCUCACUACAAAGGGAUUCCUUGGACUCAUUUGGAACCUCGAAGACGACAGGACGCCAUGGGUGCGCAAGCUUCGCCAAAUCUACGAGCGGUUCGAUGGCGUUGCGCCGCAGUAUCGCACGGGAAAAUGGGAAGAUGCGUUUCGCGACAACGCGUAUUUCGAGUACCCGCUGCACCACGCUCGAUAUGAACGUUUGAUCCCGGUGGAAACCAAAGAACACAUUUGGCUCCGCGUCCUCUCCAAGUCGUAUAUUCAUUCGCAACCCGACGACGUAAUUCAACGCGUAAAGGCGGAAGUCGAGGCCAUUCUAGACACGGCUGCCUUCCAACGCGAUGAGCAUGGCCGCAUUCUGUACCCUUACGUGACGGACGUGUACUGGACAUACAAAAAGUAGACUGUAACGACGACGAAGGAAGGCAUCGUUGUUAUCGUCGCGUCAGGUAUAUCGUAUCCACGCCUUUGCAUCGCGCAAAUCGCUUUGCCCCCACGAGACGUAUUUGAAGGGUACUUUGGUCUUCGACGUGGUAGUUCCAGACGAGGCCAGAAGCAUCUUCAGGAAUUGUGAGCAACCCGUUCUUCGCUGUGCAGUGGAAUGUCACGCUUGGCAGCACAUGAACAUACGAUCUCGGUCCACUCACGUCAAAGAGAACGCUUCCGUCCUCGGAAAAGUUGAGGUGAAGAACAGCUUUACCAGCCUUCACAUCCUCGCUCCAGUCCAACGCCGUGUUACCAAACGCUUCCGUGCUCGUCCAUGCGCCGACGAUGUCUGGGUCCAUUUCCGAUCGAAGAA